AUGUUUGAUACGGUCGCUGCUGAUCUUGAAAGAGACCUGGCAUCAUCCACGGAGUGGAGACGAGAUCUACCUACCACCGACUGCCUCUCUGGGACCAUUGAUCCGAGAUUCCUCCUAUUAGACUUUUCCAGCAUACUUCUUUAUGAUGCCCCAGGCUCUCAAGUCACGUAUGACGACACGAUCAAAAAACCCCUCGACCUCAGCCCCAGUGUUUCAGCCGAUGUCUUUGCAGCUAGAGUGGGCUCCAUUGCGGCUGAGCUGCACGCUCUGGCAGCAACGAAGCCACGUCUCAAAGACGAAUUCGAUCAAUGCUGCAUGAGAGGCUUCUUCAGCCCCGACCAUUUCCAAAACACGCUGGAUGCCUACAUCCGUCGGCGGCAUUAUUAUGCCACAUUUAUCCACUGGCCGACCUUCAGCCCUGACAAGGUCAUGCCUCACCUCUUACUAGCCGUGUCGCUAGUUGGGACCUCGUACUUGCACUACCGUGUCGGUUCGACAUUUACUCUCUCGGCGGCGCUGCUCGAGUUAUCCGAGAUGUACAUCUUUGACGAGUUGCAAAAGAUGGUGGAUUCAAGUACCGACUUGACCACCUCGAGCCAAGGGGUCGAGAUCUGCCAAGCCGCUGUUCUCAUCGUAUCAUUGCAGAGCACCCACCAAGGAGGGGCCCGGGAGAGGACCGCCACUUUGCGAAGUCCGGUGAUCGCGGCCAUGAUAAGAAGGGGAAGGCUAGUCGGCUUCAGACACGACGUGCCACCCUCGAAAGCCACUUGGGCUCAGUUUAUUGAACAUGAAACUCGCAUCAGGCUCGUGACGUGGGCGUUUAUCAACGACUCCCUGCUCACAUUGUUCUGUAGUCAUCCUCCAUCUAUAACCGUCAAGGAGAUGUGCGGGAGUCUCCCCUGUCCGAACGAACUCUGGGAGGCGACAUCUCAAACUGCCUUUGAAGAGCUACAGGGCGGCAUCCAAGCCAACCCCGCCUCCCCUUCCUCUUUCAGCAAUGCUGUGUCGGCCCUUCUCAGUGAAGAGUGGACAUAUUCCAUCGCCGCCUCCUUUCAACAGCUGGGUCCUUCUAACCUCCAUCACAUCAUGCUAGGCUUCCAGUCUUUGAUUUUCAACCACCGCACAUCCAUGCUACCAGCUAGUUCCUCCAACAUCCUUCUCAGGGCGUUAAAUCGGUGGACCCCAAUCUGGGAUGCAGCCAUGCAACAAAUCCCCGUUGAUGACAGGAAGUGGCUAGGUGUUUCGAGAUACUCUCCUGAAGUGGCUACCAUAUCUAAGAGGAUCAUAGAGGUGGGUGGGACUGAGGAGGGGAAGAGCUCGCCCUAUCUUCAGUGUGUUGGGACAUAUGACAUGGUCGCUUUUCACCAGUUUAUCCGUAAAUACGGGUUGGACGGCCCGACGGGUGCUGGGAAGCGGGAUGGAUGA